AUGCAUUUGCAGAGGAAGAUAAUAUCAGUUGCAACUUCAAUAAUCCAGGAAGCAGUGGAAGAUGGUCUGGAAAAGAGUUUCCAAGAUACUAUGGGUAUUGCUGAUUUGGGAUGUCCAUCUGGACCUAACACUGUAAUGGUAAUUUUUGAUAUAAUAGAUACAACAUAUGCCACAAGUAACCAAAAGGGAAUUCCAUUGCCGGAGUUAAGGGUUUCAUUGAACGAUCUUCCCGGUAAUGAUUUCAAUAACGUAUUCAUCUCUUUUCUGGAGUUCUACAAUCAACUCAAAACGGAGAAGAACAUUGGGCCCGAAGGGUGCUUUAUUUCAGAAAUGGUUGUUGGUGGACACAUGGUGUUGUCAUUCAUGGGAAGAGUCUCUGCUGAUCCCUCAUCAGAAGAGAGUUGCAUGCAGUGGGAACUCCUAGCGCAAGCUCUCAUGAGUAUGGCCUUAGAGGAAGUGAGAUCUGAAGUAGAAGAAGAAGGUUCAUUCACCAUUAAUUGUCUUGAGGCCUUCGAGAUUGAAUGGGAUGGGGGUGCUCCAAGCAAUAAUAAUUUCCAAAAAUACAAUAAUAAAAUCGAAAAUUAUAAUUUAUCAAGGGGUCAGCAAGUGGCUAAAACAAUUAGGGCUGUGGUUGAAUCAAUGUUGGAAGUCCAUUUUGGAACAGAAAACUAUGGAUGA